CCCCCCGCGUAGUCGCGCACGCGAGCCGAGCGUCGCCGUCUCUCUCGCGUCGCGGCGAGCGCCCCCAUCCACACGCGGGGGUCCCGAUCAUGGCAGCGGAAGUACUACCGGAUAUCUUAGUCUAUCCCAGCUCGAAGCUGACAUGGCGAUGACGGGGACGGCGCCCUGGAGGUCGCCGCUUCGGGCCCCUCCUCCUACUCCCUCGCGCGGGAAUAAUUCGCGCCCCCGCGGCCUCGUCCCGGCGCAAUGCCGGCCGUGGCCGCGUCCCAGCCUCAGUUCCGCCGCCGUCGCGUGCCCGCGGAGCGAGGAGAUGGCGCGGCUGGAGCGCGGGUCGCUGGUGGUCGGCGGGCGGGAGCUCCUGGAGCGGGCCCCUCCCAGCGUGGCCCUCCGCCGCCCCGCGGUCGUCGCCUCCCCGGGGGGCGCCGCGUUCCUUGGCGCCACGGCGCCCGCCCCGUCCAGCCGCCACGUGUUCUCCCUCGGCACCCUCGCCAGUGGGUGGAAGUGGCUGUCCCUGUUCAGGUUCAAGAUCUGGUGGAUGAUCCCGACGGUGGGCGAGGACGCCGCCGGCGUGCCAGCGGAGACGCAGAUGCUGCUCUUGGAGUCGAGGAGCGAGGCGGGUGCCGCGCUGUACGCGCUCAUGCUGCCGGUUCUUGACGGCGGCUUCCGAGCCAGCCUCCAGGGGAGUCCUGAGAAUGAGCUCCAAUUUUGCUUCGAGAGCGGUGAUCCUGAGGUUCAGACACUGGAAGCAGUUGAUGCUGUAUUCAUCAACUCAGGGGACAACCCUUUCAAGCUUAUGAAGGAAUCAAUCAAGAUGUUAUCUAAGAUCAAAGGAACUUUCAGUCAUAUAGAGGACAAAGAGAUCCCUGCAAACCUGGACUGGUUUGGGUGGUGCACUUGGGAUGCUUUUUAUAAAUCUGUCAACCCAGUGGGAAUUGAAGAGGGCCUUAAAAGUUUGUGUGAAGGAGGUGCACCACCAAGGUUUCUAAUUAUAGACGAUGGCUGGCAAGAAACCGUUAACGGAUUCAAGGAAGUGGAUGAGGCCUUUAUUGAACAGACUGUGUUUGCGGAGAGACUUAUCGAUCUGACAGAGAACGAUAAGUUUAGGGGAGAAACCUGCAAGAAUCUUGGAGACCAUGUCAAGAAAAUCAAAGAGCACUAUGGAGUCAAGUAUGUCUACAUAUGGCAUGCUUUACAUGGGUAUUGGGGUGGUGUCCUCACAACACCUGAUGCGAUGAAGAAGUACAAUCCACAGCUAGUUUACCCAGUCCAGUCUCCCGGUAAUGUUGCAAAUUUGAGGGAUAUAGCUAUGGACAGCUUGGAGAAAUUUGGAGUGGGUAUCAUUGAUCCUGCCAUGAUAUAUGACUUCUACAAUGAUCAGCACAGCUACCUUUCUAGUGUGGGUGUGGAUGGUGUGAAGGUAGAUGUGCAGAAUGUGAUGGAGACUCUUGGGAAGGGUUUUGGUGGUCGUGUUGCAUUAACUCAGAAGUAUCAACAAGCACUUGAGGAAUCUAUCGCUCGGAACUUCAAAGGAAACAACCUAAUUUGCUGCAUGAGUCACAAUACAGACAGCAUUUUUAGUUCAUUGAAGAGCGCAGUUGCUAGAGCAUCAGAAGAUUUCAUGCCUCGGGAGCCAACGAUGCAAACCCUGCACAUUGCUACUGUGGCAUUCAAUAGCCUUUUAUUGGGAGAAAUUUUCAUACCUGACUGGGAUAUGUUUCAUAGUAAGCAUGAAUCAGCAGAAUUUCAUGGAGCUGCGAGGGCUCUGAGUGGUGGUGGUGUUUAUGUCAGCGACAAACCAGGGAUGCAUGAUUUCAGUGUUCUUAAAAAACUUGUUCUGCCAGAUGGCUUGAUUCUAAGAACAAAGCAUGCUGGUCGUCCAACUCGCGAUUGCCUGUUCAAUGACCCUGUCAUGGAUGGCAAAAGUCUGUUGAAAAUAUGGAACUUGAACAAGUUUUCUGGAGUCAUCGGAGUGUUUAACUGUCAGGGUGCUGGAAAUUGGACUUAUCCAGUGAAAGAAAAUGCUCAUGUUCCCACUACCGUCUGCAUCACUGGUGAUCUCUCCCCAUCAGAUGUGGAGUUACUUGAGGAGAUAGCUGGGGAUGAUUGGAACGGAGAGACUGCAGUAUUUGCUUUUAAUUCAUGUUCUCUCUCAAGGCUUCAGAAGCAUCAGACUAUGGAGGUUUCCUUGUCUACUAUGACAUGUAAGAUAUAUACCAUAGCGCUGAUAAAGGUUUUUGGUGGCUUUGUUCAGUUUGCUCCUCUUGGACUGGUUAACAUGUACAACUCAGGUGGUGCGCUCGAAAACGUCACGAGCACAGGUGAUUGUUCAGAGAUCACAAUUCAGAUCCAAUGCCGAGGGCCAGGUCGGUUUGGGGCGUAUUCAGCAACCAGGCCGGAAAUUUGCAGUGUUGAUGAGCAUGAAGUAGAGUUCAAACACACAGAUGAUGGCUUCCUGGCCUUUGAUCUCUCUCACGGUUCGUCCCAGGACAACCUCAGGAACAUUGAGAUUCUGUACAGAGCUUCCUGAACCUCCAUUUUCAGUGUGAUUUUUAUGCUCUUUCGAGCAGAUUAUGCUGCUCUCAGGCUCUUAGCUGUGGAUAAUUAUUGCUUCCCGCAAGCGUGUGUUAGCUCUGAAUUACUGCAUCUCGCGUGUGUUGUUUGUGCCAAUUAAUUUGGGCUUGUUCUAAGUUUCGAAUCUGCCGGAGACAGUUAUAAUACGAAUAUGUAUUUUGGCAGAUCAAUUCCAAUUUUGUGCCAAUAUUACCUAAAACAAAAAUAUUAUCCCUCU